AAAGUGCAGUUUUGCGCCUGCGCGGAGGUGGGUGUGCAGCUUCCCGCAGCCAGUUUUCGCGGCCUGGUGCGUCCUCCGGGUGGAGAGGCGAGAUGCGGAGGCUGCAGGUGGUGCUGGGCCACCUGAAGGGCCAGCCGGGUUCGAGCCCGGAGCCGGCGCUGCAGGUCAGGCCGUGCUGGAGCGGUGCCCCGCAAGGGUCCGCCGCGGACGUGGUGGUGGUGCAUGGGCGACGCACGGCUAUCGGCCGAGCGGGCCGCGGCGGCUUCAAGGAUACCACCCCAGACGAGCUUCUCUCGGCUGUCAUGACCGCGGUUCUUCAGGAUGUCAAUCUGAGCCCGCAGCAGUUGGGGGAUAUUUGCGUGGGAAAUGUACUUCAGCCGGGGGCCGGGGCAAUCAUGGCCCGAAUUGCCCAAUUUCUGAGUGACAUCCCAGAGACCGUGCCUUUGUCCACUGUCAACAGACAGUGCUCCUCGGGGCUGCAGGCAGUGGCCAGCAUAGCUGGUGGCAUCAGAAAUGGGUCUUAUGACAUUGGCAUGGCUUGUGGGGUAGAGUCCAUGUCCCUGGCUGACAGAGGAAACCCAGGAAAUAUUACUUCUCGCUUGGUGGAUAAGAGGAAGGCCAGAGAUUGCCUGAUUCCUAUGGGGAUAACCUCAGAGAAUGUAGCUGAGCGCUUUGGCAUUUCACGGGAGAAGCAGGAUAUGUUCGCGCUGGCUUCCCAGCAGAAGGCAGCCAGAGCCCAGCGCAAGGGCUGUUUCCAAGCGGAGAUUGUGCCUGUGACCACCACAGUCCACGAUGACAAGGGCUCCGAGAAGAGAAUCACGGUGGCCCAGGAUGAGGGGAUUCGCCCCAACACUACCAUGGAGGGCCUGGCCAAGCUGAAGCCUGCCUUCAAGGCGGGUGGCUCGACCACGGCUGGAAACUCGAGCCAAGUGAGUGAUGGCGCAGCUGCCAUCCUACUGGCACGGCGGUCCAAGGCAGAAGAGUUGGGCCUUCCCAUCCUGGGGGUCUUGAGGUCCUAUGCGGUGGUUGGAGUUCCCCCUGAUGUCAUGGGCAUUGGACCUGCCUACGCCAUCCCUGUCGCUCUUCAAAAAGCAGGGCUGACCAUAGAUGACGUGGACAUCUUUGAGAUCAACGAGGCCUUUGCAAGUCAGGCUGUCUACUGUGUGGAGAAGCUAGGCCUCCCCCCUGAGAAGGUGAACCCUCUGGGGGGUGCAGUGGCCUUGGGUCAUCCACUGGGCUGCACCGGGGCUCGACAGGUGGUCACGCUGCUCAACGAGCUGAAACGCCGUGGGAAGAGGGCAUAUGGAGUGGUGUCCAUGUGCAUCGGGACAGGCAUGGGAGCCGCGGCUGUGUUUGAGUACCCCGGGAACUGAGUGCGGCCCCGCCAGAGACGCUGCGUGGCAGCCCUGUGUGCCCAGCGAGAAGCGACACUACAAACGGGAGGCCUCGUGGGGACAUGCAGCACUGGUGGUGGCAGCCGGCAAACGAAGGCAUCGCACCUAGUUGGGAACUGGACACUGCUGGCGGCCUGGGGAGGGGCUGCCCCGUCUCACUGGGCCAGCGCCGUCCCGGGUCACAGGGCCCCCCUGUCAUCUUGGGGGAAGGAGCCUCAUGGCGAAGGAACACUCUAGACGUGUAGUAAACGUGCUAGGCACA